CCUUUCCCUUCCUCCCCCACAACAAACACUCUGUGAGGAUGUCUCGAAAGAGCCGCAGAGUUGUCAAAUUGGCAUCCAAGACUCCUCCAGAAAUGAGGAUCAAGGGGGACUCUUCGUGUGGUUCUCCUUCCUUGGAUUACAGCACCUUGAAAAGGACGGAAUUGCAACAAUGGUGUAAGAAGUUUGGGCUUCGUGCUACAGGGAAGAAUGCAGAACUUGUGGAAAGGCUGAAAGCCUUUCACAGAGACCCUGAGCCGAGAGCAGAAGAAACAAGUAAGACUGACGUGACUCUCCACGAUCCUGAGACCCCUCUGACAGUCCCUCCUCUGGACCUGGCCAAGGAUGUAAAAACUGAGCCCUCUGCAGAGAAAGCAGAUGUUAUCCAUGGUUGGUGCGUGGUUCACGGCAUGGUGCUGUACCACCCUGCGUCCAGCUGGGCUCCCCUGUUGCUCCGCGGAGGUUCUGUGUGCGUCCAGGAUGGGGAGGACAUUGUCCCCUUUCACCUGACCCCGCUCACAAGCCCUGUACCUGAUGGCUUCUCCGACAACUACAUCUGUGAGAGCUGUGUGCUCAGGAACAGGGAGGAGCCAAAGAGAUGUCCAACAUGCCUGCAAAUACAAAUGAAAAGAAACCGGGCUACUUUGUCCCAGGGCCAGACACUUCUUCGGGGGAGUAUGUCUCAGUCAUCAUUCCUUGCAGGCGGAGACGUCUCUAAAGACAGAAGGAGGACCUUUGAGAUAAAAAGGCUGUACCAGCCCCAAGAGGACCAGGCUUAUGCCCAGCGGGUGGAUGGGAUCCUUUCCCAGAUGGCCAGUGGAGAGCUUGGUAUGGACCGAGUGUUGCGUCCCCUCCAUCCUUUGGUUGUUCAUUCCCCAGCUCCUUUUGAGAGAUGAGGAGUACCUAGAAAGUUGGAACUGGCAGCAACGGACUAGGGAGAUCCAAGGAGCUCUAUGAUAAUAACCAGAUAAAUGUUUUUAUCUAGUCCACAGUGUGUCCUGUUAACCUUUUUUCAUGUGUUGUAAUAAACGUAAUAGAAAAUAAAUACUGGAUCAUUCCUGCCACCAUAUUCUGAA